CGACCCCUUCCUACCUGCCAAUCGCACGGCCCACACUACACAGUAAACCCUACAUCAUUCAUUGUAUAGUGGUGAUGCUGGCUAACUGCAACUAAGCUCCCAUUGAAGUGAAUGGAGCCAAGUUGUAAUACCACACAUAACCUCAGGUGACAGGGGUGGUGCUGUCUUUGGAAGAAAAUUAGCUCUGUUCUUCGAACCCCUUUAGGCAAAAUCAUCAGCUCUGCUCACCGAGAGACUUCACUGGAAGAAAGAUGCCCUAUACUGAAACCGGGAGAGGAACACUUGUGAUAUAUACAAUCACUGAGGAAAAAACCUUGGAACGGACCCACAGAGGACCCCGGAGAGGACCCACAGAGGACCCCGGAGAGGACCCACAGACGACCCCGGAGAGGACCCACAGACGACCCCGGAGAGGACCCACAGAUGACCCCGGAGAGGAUCUCUAUGUGCAGUCUCCUUCCUCAGGUUGUUUUCCUCAGUUAUUCUGCCCGGUAACAGCUGUUCUGCUGAGAGAUGGAUUCCUGCUUCUGAUUGGAGGAUCAGAUUCUGCCCGGUAACCAUGAUCUUCUGCCCAGUGAUGCUCCAGCCCAACAACAGCAUUCUGAUUGGCUGGAGCCCCAUUGGCGGGAAAAGUAUUUCCCUUCUAUACUGGGCUGUGGUGUCUCCAGCUCAGUCACCUGUGGGAAGAUUAGAAGAAGCCCCCGCCCUCCCCCUUUUAUUUCACUUUCCUUUCCAUCACAAUGUUUUAUAGAAGAGCAGGUUCCCGGUUCUCCUGGGCAUCUGAAAUCUCUAUAGCAGGACCGUCCUGGACGGGUGCGGGUCAAGGCAGCUACCGAAAGAUUUAACUUGUUACCUGCCAGAAUAGGUGUUCAGCUCCCAGCGCAAAACCAUCAGCUGAUCCAGUUGUCUCCUCUUCUCCUGAAUGACCCCCAAGGAUGGACAAGGACAGGAAUGAGAUGACUAAGAGAAUAUUACACUUCACCUUGGAGACCCUCCACCUGCUGACCGGAGAGGAUGAAGAUCUGAUGGAUAUUAAGGUUGAGGUUAAAGAUGAUGAAGAGGAGACGGAUUUGGGGGCCGAUCAGCAGUAUGGAGUCAUUGAUAGAAAUCCACCCGAGAGGUGUCCCCGCCCUCUGUAUUCCCAGGACUGUCCAGAGGGAAAUGUCCCAGAGAAGCAUCAGGGGGGAGAUCUGACUAAUAAUAAAGUGGAGGAUGAAGAAGAGAGGAUGAGGGGCCAUCACCCGUGUAUGAGGGAAGUGAAGGAGGAAAUUCCAGGAGGUGUUACCCCAGAAAAUCCUAAAAAGAAUUAUGAGGAAAACUUCAUGUUAUCGCAAAGUUUUAAAGUAGAAGAUGGAGAGAUCAUGGAGCGCUCCUCAGGACAAGAUGGAGAGAUCAUGGAGCGCUCCUCAGGACAAGAUGGAGAGAUCGUGGAGCGCUCCUCAGGAGAAGAUGGAGAGAUCAUGGAGCGCUCCUCAGGACAAAAUGGAGAGAUCAUGGAGCGCUCCUCAGGAGAAGAUGGAGAGAUCAUGGAGCGCUGCUCAGGAGAAGAUGGAGAGAUCAUGGAGCGCUGCUCAGGACAAGAUGGAGAGAUCAUGGAGCGCUCCUCAGGACAAGAUGGAGAGAUCAUGGAGCGCUCCUCAGGAGAAGAUGUAGAGAUCAUGGAGCGCUGCUCAGGAGAAGAUGGAGAGAUCAUGGAGCGCUCCUCAGGACAAGAUGGAGAGAUCGUGGAGCGCUCCUCAGGAGAAGAUGGAGAGAUCCUGGAGCGCUCCUCAGGAGAAGAUGGAGAGAUCCUGGAGCGCUCCUCAGCAGAAGAUGGAGAGAUCCUGGAGCGCUCCUCAGGAUACGAUGGAGAGAUCAUGGAGCGCUCCUCAAGAGACUAUGGAGAGAUCAUGGAGCGCUCCUCAGGAGAAGAUGGAGAGAUCCUGGAGCGCUCCUCAGGAGAAGAUGGAGAGAUCCUGGAGCGCUCCUCAGCAGAAGAUGGAGAGAUCCUGGAGCGCUCCUCAGGAUACGAUGGAGAGAUCAUGGAGCGCUCCUCAAGAGACUAUGGAGAGAUCAUGGAGCGAUCUGAUGACCGUCUGGUUCAAGUAUAG